AAAAAAGGAGGGGGUAUCAAUCACGGGACCAAUCAUCUAUCUCUCUUCUUUUAAAAGGAAAUAUAUUAAUGAUUUGAGGAAUUAAUACUAGAUUAGAUGCCGUGAGCCAAGAAGAGCACCUCACCAACAUGUUUUUCAUCAUCAUCUUGUCUGUAUUCUUUGGUGGGGUGUUGAUGCUGGCCAUACAGGCUCUGUGGCUCUACUGGUACAUCAAACGCCAACCAAAGGAGGAUGUGCCAAGGAAGCACCUCUACGACAGGGUCAAGCAAGUAGGGGAGUUGAAGGACCCCUCCUCGAUCCUGUUCAAGAAGGAGAGUUGCAAUGCAGCCAAUGCCCUGAUUUCAUUCCUCUUCAACGAGCUCAAAGAUACUCUACCCGUUCGUAGGUGGAUUAUAAAGAAGAUGAACGUCGAGUUUGAGGAACUUCUUAAUGCCAAGACUGCUGGGAAAAUACUGGAACAGAUCACAGUAAGGGACUAUUGCCUUGGGCCCACUUUUCCUACAUUGACCGGUGUGACGUUGAUGAAAUUUUCUACUGCAGAGGGGACCGAUAUGCCCGAGACCGUUGAUGUAGCUGUUGACAUAGACUAUGGUGGUGGCUUUCGCGUUUCUGUUGAUGUGGACUUGGUAUUUGGAACAUCAGCUUACGUCUCGGUGAUAGUCACCAAACUGAAAGGAAGGGCCAGACUUGAGUUUACACGAAACCCAUAUAGUCACUGGUCAUUCUCAUUCUAUGAGGAACCAGAGUUGGAAUUUGACAUUGAGACUCAUUUUGAAGGUCGUACAGUGCAUCAACUUGGAUCCCUCAUCUUAAAUCAGCUUCGUAAAACAAUGCGCAAGAAACACACCCUACCCGCCUACAAGAUUCGCAGCAAACCGUUCUUUCCAAAGCCUGUUCCACCUUCCGACAACGACUUCAGGGUCCACGAUUCAAAGAUCACGAUUGGGCGUAUGCAGGUCACCGUCAUAGAAUGCAGUCGUCUCCCUAUAAGUAAAGAAACAACAAACUCUGAGCUGUACAUUACUCUAUGUCUUGAUGACCACGCGUGGACACACGAAGACAUAGAACAACGUUUCCAUGGUGAUUCGUUAGAGAUCGAAAUCCCUAAAGGAAACGUCAAGAACGUCGGAGUAACGUUCAGCAGGGGAAUAUACAACAAGGAGGUCAUUGUGGCAACUAUUAGCCCCGAUUCCACGGUCGCCCAGACCCAACUGAGAAAGGGAGAUGUCGUAGUAAGCAUUGACGGAAUAAAAGUCACAUCUGCACGUCAAGCAGCAAAGGUCGUCAAACAAGCAAAGGAAAAGUUUGUCAUCAAAGUUCAGAGGCCGAUGAACCAGAUGGAGAACCUACCAGCCUCAUCAGCAGCUUACGAUCAACCCGACCUACGAUCAGUUCAAGACACUACAGCAGACAAUGACUACGAGGACUUCAUCAACGUCAACAUCAUGAACGAACUUGGCAUAAAGGAUGACGACGAAGCUGAUACAUCGCAGCCAAGUUCUACUGCCCAACGGCUCCAAGUCCCGAGUCUGGAUUCCCCCGUCGUGCAGCGCAAGAACAAGCAACCGACGACAGCGGAUGGUAGGCGCCUAUCGUCCUGUCUGGAUUAUGAGACCGUCAAGCAGUUGUCCACGCAGCUAGACAAUGAAGACAGGCUACGGAACUUGAAGAGAGUCAUUAAGGAGACCAUUCACCCUACACCCAAGGUCGAGAGACCAAAGGAGGACCCUACAUCAGCCAUACCGAUAAUGAAAUCAGAAGCCGUUAAGAUACCUGAUAUAGACCUUGAUGCAAUCAGUGUGUCCAGUCUAACCUCUCAGAUGGAGGAUGUGGAUUCAGGUUCUGUUGGCCCUUCUGUGUCCAUUGCUCCAUCAGGAUCUGAAGCUGCUCCUCCAAUGGAUGACAUGCAGGAAACAUGUCUUGUGGCUGCAGAAGCUAAUCCUGAAUGGGACGAGACUUUCACCUUCCAGGUGGGUGAGAAUGAUAACUUCCUGAAUGCGUGUAUUUGGAAUCGUCUUGGCAUGGCUGUUGGGGAGCGCGACAUGUUGAUAGGUUACACCAGUGUGUGUCUCAUGGACGUUGCGCUUCAGUGUGUCAGCACUCUAUCAGGGGAACACCUGGAACUGUUCAAGCUGCAGCCGCCAGAACAGAGAGGAGGCGCAACGAGAAUCACUUCCCAGAUGCAUCUCUUCACCCACCCAGGGUUCGACAGCACCCUCAGCUACGGAGACAUCUCCCUCUUCUUCCAUCAUUCUCCGUUCGAGGAUCCCCCAAAACCCACCAAAGAGGGCGGUGUUGAGCGUCCAGAUUUCUCUCCGUACGACACCAAGGGUAAGCCCAAGGUCAGUGUGGAGGAGAAAGGCAAGCCGGUCGGGGUUAAGAAGAUCACAAGACCAGAAGAUUUGAGUCUCCAUGGCCCAGUUGGGCAGCCUCAUAAAUUGGUAGGCACACAGUUCUCCUCGCCCACACGAUGUGACUUUUGUGGCAAAAAGGUAUGGACAAAGUAUGCCCUGCAGUGCCUUGUUUGUAAACUGAUAUGCCACAAGAAAUGUUCAGAGAAAACGCAGGCCAGCAUCCCGUGUGAUAGGAACCGGGCUGCUCGCCGUACUGACCAAUCCUCCCCCACCAGAGAACUCAGCCAGACGCGGCAGCUGGAGGCCGCCGCCCAGUCUCUGGCGGGCGCGGCCGGCCGCAGGGGCACACCCCACCCGUCCCCCAGUCCGUCCCCUGCCCCCUCGCCCCAUGAAUCCGAAGAAGAGGACGAGGAGGAGGAGGAUGUCGAGGCGAUGGUGAGGAGACUGAGCAAGCUCAAGAGGCGUCUGAGGCAGUUGAACGCUGCGGAAGGAAACAGAGUGGAUGAUACUGAUGCGAUGGUCAUGACGGCGGUCAGAGAGAUGGGUCGUGAGCUAUUCAUUGAUUCUCCAGUCAAUGAGAGGAAAGAAAAACUAGAGGCAAUGAUUGAGAAGCUCCAGACAGAGAUCGACGAGGAGGCGGACCGCCAGCUCCAGCUCGCCAAGGAAGUCCAGAUGUCCAGGCGCCGCAAGCAGAAGCAGGCGCUGGAGGGUGCCCUCGCUCAGAGCGAGGAGCGCAUGCAGACGCUGGCCAACCUCAUGCUGCACUACUGCGCCGGCAUCCAGCAUUGCAACGAGACGCUGUGAAAUGCUGUGGCUGCCCCUGUUCAUCCUGUAUUCAGCAGCUCAAGACCUUGCAGUGAGUGUCAUUGGUACGUCCAUUGCUUAGUAACGAGAAUGGAGUCUGCAAAACCCCCACAAUCUACUGUAAUGAAGCUCGCACAAAAUCAUGAAUCGGCUGAUAUGCUAGGUUGUGAAUAUUUCUGCAUAAACUGGAGGCUCUUCUCAACAUUGCAUGACAGAGCUUAGCAGCUACACUCAUUUUUUUUUUCAAUUCAGUGGGAUGUGAGGCUCUUCCCCCCCCCCCCCAGAAAAAAAAGGACAAGAGACACCUUUUUUUUUGUUCAGGCAUACAUUCCUUCAUCACUGCAAUGGAAACUUGAGGUUUGAAUAUAACCUUUGAACAUACAUCUAGGUACACACAUUUCUUUCUCUUAAUUGCUGUAGUAUGAAGGUACCAUUCCCUACAACUCCCUAGUCAUCCAUGCUUUGGGUCCUGUGCCAUGAAGACUUAUUAAUAACAAAUGCAUAAGUUCUGCAGCAGGUUACCAUCAGCCAAUUAGGUUGAAGGAUUUCAGUAGCUUUUAACUGUUACUUCAAAUUUGUUGUUAUAACAAGUUGGAUGAAACAGGCCCCUAAACACUAACAAUGCGCUUACUUGCAAGGAUCCAACAAGUCCAUGAAAAGAAGGAAAAGGAUAUGUGUUUUACCACUUUUCAUGUAUGUCAGGAAAUGUAUUCUGUUCUCUAUAAUCAUGCUUAUGCCAUGCAUAGAAAAAAAAAACAGCUAUACAUGUAGCUUUGGCAAGUCUGGUUUGUUGUUAAGCUCAGUCGGAGUAGGUGAAGAGUGAAAAGUAUUUCUAAAUUUUGUCU